GCAACUCCCCCCCAAAGCCGACGGAGAAUGUAACGGUAUGCGUAGGGCUGGGGCGCAACUCUCCAAGUGUGUGUGUGUGAGCUGGUGGUUCGGAUUGAUGAUUGGCGUUCAGUUUUCGUCAAUUCCCAUCCAAGGAGAAGGAAAGGAAAAAAAGGUCAUCGUGCACCAAAUCGCGCUGCGAAGCACCAUAGUGAGGCUGCUGGCUCCACACGAGAAAGCUCGCGACGGCUCAGCUCCGUGCUGUGGUGAAUGGUGGCCGUGUUGAGAUAAAUGUCUCUGCCUGGAUGUGUGAGAAAGCAAAGAAGCAACGAGGGAGCAAAGGUGGAACCCGUGAAGCGGUGUGUGUUGUGCGCGUACGUUUGCUGACGACUACCUGUGCCAAUAAUUGUAAUACUAGUAGCAAAACGGAAAACAUUCGAGUGUGUUAAAGUUUCACGCUUGUACGUGCGCGCGGGGCCCCCCAUUUUUCUUGCGAGACAAGUGUCUGUGGCGACGUGUACAAAAAAGUUCGCGAGCCGCCCUCUUGCUCCCCACUGAGGAGGUGAAGCUGAUUUGCUGUUGGGUGCAGAGAAUCGGGCUCCAUUCUCCAUUCCUUCGCAUUGCAAACAACAAAAAGGGGGUGUGAAAUGCAGUGCAGUGCGGGCGUGUGAAAUUAGGCAGUGCGUGCGAGGAAAGGUGGGUGGAAAAUCGGGAAGAAAACUUGUGCACACAACAAAACGACGAUUCGGUGAAAAGUUUGCUAAAGGCGCAGCAGAGGUGUACUACGAUUACAUUUCCCCAAUCGAAACAUACCCACUCACAUACACACACUCACAUAUAUAAACACACAUUCACAAACGCUCGCAUCUGGCAAACCCCCCCCCAUCCACACCUACACCUCAGUUUGGGAGACCCCGUUAUCCGUGAUGUCCCUGCCGUGUUGUAGCAAAGCUGCAGUUUCCCCGGGCUCCAUCACCGUGCUCUAGUCACCGCCGAAAAAAAGAAGAAGAAGAAAACAACAACAGGAAAAACGUUCCAGCGGGGGAUCGUGUCAUCGAAGCAUCAUCCCCAGGCCAAUUUAAUAAUCAUUCGGUGGAGAGAGAGAGAACGCGAGGAAGAGAGGGAGAGAACGUGAAAGGGAGAAAAAGGAAAAAAACAACACAACAUACAUACAACUAACCCCAAACUACACAAAUCAGCGCAAUGCAGCAACAGUGUGAUAAGUGCUAAAACAAAUACAAUAUAAACACACCACCGACGAACGAAUCAGCAAACGAACGGAACCGGAUGUCGUUCGGUAUGAAUGAUCUGCAUAUAUACUACUGAAGAACAUUUCUGCGGCCCCAGGCAUUUACUGCUAUCUGCCCUCCAGAGAUUGAUCAACAUUUCAUCAUAAAACAUUAAGGCAAAGCGAAAAUCUGUGAUAUUUCCCACUGCUGGGAUCAUCCUCUCCUUUGGGCACGAGCGUGUGCGUGUGUGUCUCUGUGGGACCGACGCACGCUGUGCCUACGGGCAUUAAAACUCCGUCCUAAGAGGGUGCAAAAGGUGCUUCAUCUCCCUGCCAACAAAACUUAAGUUUAGAUUUGAAUUUGCGUUGUACGUGAGAGCGCCCCCGAGAUCGAAAAGCUGGUGGUAUGAUCGUGAGAGCAAGACGUGCCGGUGUGACGUACCUGCCACCUAUCAUGUGAGCGCGCGUUAAAACGGGAAAGCGCGUCGUUUGACAGGAUCUGGCAUCCUUCAUUGUGCAUCCGUGUUUCCGGUGACGACAAGCAGGAUGCAAGGAAACACCAAAACAGAUAAUAAUUACACUACACAUGAACCAUCGCAAGUACAAUAAUAAACAACUGAACAAUUUGUACAAAACCAUUUCUGUGCAAAAAGGCAUAAAAAGUGGGGAAGGAGGAGUUUUGACACACGGAGGCUAAGCAAGGGCAAAAGUGAAACGUAUUCCUUGCACAAAAAUUCUUCCAUUUGGAAAUUGAUUGAAUGUGGAUAGGGUGGAAACAUCUUAGCCCAUGCAAGCCCUACUCAGCAUUACAAUCAAUCAGUGUGUGUGUGUAAGCGGUCGUAGUGUUUUAGUGUAAAGUGAACUGAUUCUUACAGUUGUGCGAAUGCGGACGUACGUUGGACGAGAUCCUCGCAUUUUAGAACUCUCAUAACUGAUCAGGUCGCUUGUCGUGUGUGCGUGUAUGUGUGUGUGUGUGUAUCCAGUGUAUUUGAGCAAUAUUAGGCGGUGAAACCUAUGGUUUAUUUACUGAGUGGUGGAUGCAUGCGUUAGGAGAGAAACUCAGCUUUAACGAAAAAUUCGCGUUUCAAGCCAUCGUUUAAUAAUGCGUGUGUUAGUGGAUAAGCGUAGAAAGUGAACCAUUCCUAGAAUGGUUGGCAAAAGUGUGCGGCAUUGCGAUAUGUGAAACAAAACAAAACACAACACAAAGAGAAACAUUGUUGUGCUAAACUGAAUCAAUCUUUCUGCUCCACCGACAAAGAGAACAAGACUGUCCUCUCCCUAGCAUAAGCGCUCAUAUGUUAGCAUGUUCUCGUGAGGUGAUUUAUGGUAGCAAGUCAAACAAAAGUAUAACGUCCUAGACAUAUCCAUAUCUCCCGACUGCUGAAGGUGGAGUUUGAGAGCAGUUUUGCGGGGGGGUACGACAUCGAUUCUCCCAGUGUAUGUUUGCGGAAAGCUGCGUGCUUUUUUAAAAACAUUCCCAACUCGUAACAGUAUUUCACGCAAACGGGAUAUUAAUAAGCACAAAGAAGGAGGGCACUGUACACUGUGACAGUCUACGGGUUUAGAUCGACUACCGCCGAGGUGCACAAACUGCAGUCGAGUGCAAGAUUGGAGAGAGCGAGGAUUGCAAGCGGUUGCUCGGAAAGGAUAACUAUUCGAGCAACACCUGGACCAAGUGGGGCGGCACCAACAUUCGAGGAAGUCUGAAGUGAUAGCUUUUUAUGUUCGAACACAUUAGUCAAACGUAGAGGAAAGCAUCGCUCGGUGCUGUUAAAACAACGAGCAUACUAAAUAAUCUCACAGUUUCCGUCAGCUGAUCAGCAGCGCAGAGGCUAACAUUCGGCAUUGGAGUUAAUUUAUCGACACAAGGUGACAAGAUUUUAGCGUGAUUGCCGGAGCUAACGAAUACGCCAUACGUACACGUUCCCGGCCUGAAAGACGAAGAGAGAACAACGCUGGCCGUUCAUAGCUCACAUUGCGCCGUUACUUUCGUGAGAUGUGAUUUUCUUGAUUACCUGACUAACCGUUAACGUGUUAGCAAUAAUUUUAAAAGUAUUUGUACGACAAGCGAAGGAGUGACGUUAAGGGCAGAGCCAUCGUCUUCUUUUCGUAAUCCAAUCAAAGCGAAACUAUCAAAAAAGGGCCAUACACCAGCGAGAAAUUGGUUCUUGAUUUAGACAAUUUGACGAACAAUUUACGCGAAGCACAAAGUCGAAACACGAGACGCUGCACGAGACGAAAAUAAUGUUCGAUACUGACCAAACGAUAGAACGUAAGCAAACUCUGGAAUCAUCAUUUGUUACACAGCAUGAGAGCGUGCGAGUGAACCAUUCUUCUUACCAUCACAACAUGUCAACAAAGCAACAGCAGCAGCGACACAGUCUUUACACACCAUUUGACGAAUUGCUGCGUUUAACAGAGCGAAUGAGAAUGCUCGAGUCUCAAGGAAGCAGCCGGAUUGGGUCCGGUCGGCUCUGCGGUGGUGGAGAGAGCUCCCUGAACGGAGGUGCCUGGGGCUCGCCGCCGGGUGCAGGGUCUAACGCCGUCGGGGGCGGUGUUUCUGGCUGGAGUGCGACAGCGGUCGGUAGCUCGCAGCAGGCCGCCCAGCAACAGUCGUGGAACAGUGGACAGGCGGGUAUGCCGCCACCUGUUGGUCCGCCGGGCAGUGGUCCGAGACAGGAGCUGCUGGGAAAGUCGGGCGUUGGCAACAGUGGCCCACCAAUGGUUGUCGGCAGCAAUGCAGGAAGCGGACAGAGCGGUACGGGUGGUUGGAAUCAAGUGGUAAAUCCUAACAAGCAGUCCACCUCACAAGCGAUGGGCCAGCAGCAGCAACAGCAGCAGCAACAGCAACAGCAACAAGGUGCAAAUCAGCAGAACUCUGGACCAAACUCUAAUCAAUCUCAGUCCAGCGGCGGAAAUCAGGCCGCCGGAGGUAAUCAAGGUGGAGCUGCUGGCGGAAGUGGCGUAGGAGGUGCUGCAGCUGCUAUGGCUGCAGGUAAUGGAGGCGCAGGUGGUGCCGCGGUUAGCGGUAUGGCGGCCACACCAUCCGCCAAGCUAGAACAUCUGAACUCGAUGCGCGAGGCGCUGUUCGCAGAAGAUGGCUGGGGCUGUCAGCACGUCAACCAGGACACGCAGUGGGAUGUGCCGAUUUCACCCGAACCGAGUACUAAACCCGAUCCCUCCCUGAAGGCUACGGUCAACAAUGGGACGGAGCUGUGGGAGACCAACUUGCGCAACGGUGGCCAGCCGCCGGUACAGGCGCCGUCACAGAAAACACCGUGGGGCCCGCAAAGCCACCACGGUGGCACUUGGGGCGUGGAUGAUGAGAGCAGCGGUGAGGCAAGCAACGUAUGGACUGGUGCGCCUGGGGCUCCGGGAGGGGCCAGCAUGGUGGCCGGUGCACUGGCCGGAACGGCUGGAGGUCCUCCGCCAGUAGGCGGCAAUCCUGGCGCGUUAGUUGCCGGACAGGUGGGACCAGUGGGCAGCGGUAGCGGUGGAAUGUGGCAGGCGGGCGGAGGAGGUCUGCCCGGGGCCGGUGGCGGAAUUGCUCCCCCCAAGAAGGACAAUGAUUGGGGCAGUGGAACGGGAGGUAUUGGAGCGACCGGAGGUGGCGGAGGCGGCGGUUGGGGAGAGCCUCGAGGAAAUGUCGGAGGUGGAGGUGCGGUUGGUGGAGCUGGUGCGCCGAAUGCGGGCGUUCCGCCUCACCUGGCAUCGCAGCUAGAAGGAUUACCAAACGUUGACAUUCGAAGCAUGCGUCCGCCAGGGGCUGGCGGGAUCGAUCAAAGCCGCGAAUUCCGUGGCGAUCCGCGUGGCAUCUCUGGUCGACUGAGCGGAUCUACGACGGGCAUGCUGGACCAUUAUCCGAUGGGCAAGAUGCCUCCACCGGGCGCCAUGUCCUCGGGCGCAUCAGCAAUCGGUGCCGGCGGUAACAACCAGUGGCCUCUUGGUGGUGGAGGUGGUGGUGGUGGUGGCGGCGUCGGUGGAGCAGCCAAUGGAGGCCCAGUGGGUGGGGGUGUUCCAUCUAGUAUGCCUCCCACGAAGUCGGUGUCCGGUGGAUGGGACGAUAACUCUCCGCCGGCUGUACGCCGAAACCCCAACAUUGACGAUGGCACUGCAUUGUGGGCCUCUGGCGGACCAGGCAGUGGUGGUGGUGGUGGUGGUGUUGGUAGCGGCCGUGCCACAGGCACUAUAUCCGAUGGUCAAAUGGUCGGUAGAAAUGGUCGCAACGGUCCAUUGGGAGGAAUGAGCUCCGGUCCGAUUGGUGGCGGUCCUUCAGGUGGCCCGGGUGGCCUGGGAGGCGGUCCACGAAUGGUCGGCUCCGGACCGGCCGGCAAUGCGAUGAAAGCGGACAGCAGCAACAUGUGGAUGACGGGACAUGGAGCGGGAGUGGGAGGCUCACGAAACGGUUCCUGGGAUGAUCCCACCAUCGGUGGCACUGGAGGCAACAACUGGGACGAUAAGCCAACCGGCGGAUCAAGCGGCCCGCUCGGCGGUGGUGCCUCGUGGAUGGAUGGACCGGGUACGGCAGCACCCGGUGCUGGCCUUCCUGGCGCUGGCAAUCAAUCGUGGAACGCAAACAAAAAGCCACUUGGUGGAGGCGGCGGCGGUGGAGCCGUGUGGCCCGAUUCAUCGUCCGGCGCCGAUCUGAUCGGCAAUGACUGGGGCGUAGGGGGAGGCAAGAUGACGAACAAACCCCCACACGGACCGCUCGAGAUCAUCCGCAGCAGCAAGCAGUACCGCAUUCUGUGCGAGAUGGGCUACAAGAAGGAAGAUGUGGAGUAUGCACUGCGGGCCGCUAACAUGGCGCUGGAGGAAGCAGUCGAUUUGCUGCAGCGCAAUGGCUCGCUGCCAAAUGUAACCGGUAUGGGCAAUGCUGCCGGUGGAGGAGACUGGAGAAGAGACGAUGCACACGCUCAGCUGGGCGGCGGUGGCACUGGCGGCAGCAACGUUGGAGGAGGUAGUGGAGUCUUUGAACCACCGUUCGGUAAUCGUUACUUGGGAAGCGGUGGCGGCGGCGCAGGAGGAGGAGCUGGCAAUGGUGGCGGUGGCAGUGGACAUUCUUUACAUUUCCAGCAGGGUAAUCAAAAUGGUAUGCCCGGCAGCGGUGCUGGAGGCAUGGGAGGAGCUGGAGGAAAUCCCAACCUGUCUGGAUUGCAUGGUUUGUCGUCCAAGUCGCUUGGCAGCUAUUUGAAUCAGGCUCCUCCACCGAUGACUGGCAUCGGCGGACAGGGCGGCUCCAUGGCUCCGUUCAAUCAAGCGGGCGGUAAUCCGGUCGGCGGCGGUGGUGGUGGCGCCGGUGGACAGAACGCAGUCCAGCCCAAUACGCAACUGCGCUCGCUCGUGCAGCAGAUUCAGAUGGCCGUGCAGACUGGAUACCUGAACCCGCAGAUCCUGAAUCAGCCGCUGGCUCCACAAACUUUCCUGUUGUUGAAUCAGCUGUUGAGCAGCAUUAAGCAACUGCAAGUAACCCAGGGCAACCUGCAGCGUGGCGGCGCCGGCACGAACAACCAGAUAGCCAUGAUUUCCAAGAUCAAGCAGCAGAUAGCUAGUCUGCAGAAUCAAAUCGCCACCCAGCAGACGCUGUACGUAAAGCAGCAGCAGCAGCAGCAGCAACAGCAGCAACAGCAGCAUCCGCAUCAACAACAGCACCAGCAACAUCAGCAUCAGCAGCAGCAGCAGCAGCAACAGCAGCAACAACAGCAUCAGCAGCACCAACAUCAGCAGUCUCAUCAUCAGCAUUCGUCCGUCGGUAAUCCAUCGUCCCAUCUUGGCGGAGGGCAUCUCGGUGGAAACUUCCAUCGCAACGAUCCUAACGAUCUGAGCGCACUGCAGAACAGUCUGUCAGAAAUGACGCUCGGCAAAGAGCACAACGGUCCAUACCUUUCUGGCCCACCGGGCAGCGGUGGCAGCGCCAGCGGAAUGGGUGGUGGAGCCGGGCCCACUAGCCAGCAGUCGCGACUGAACCAAUGGAAGCUCCCGUCAAUGAUGGACAAGGACAACAGUCAUGAUUUAACUGAUUUUUCGCGUGCACCAGGAUCGACAGCGAAAUCGGUUGGGCUCGGUGGCAAUAGCGGCGUGCUCGGUGGAAUACAAACCGAUGGCACAUGGUCAUCGGGUCGCGCCGGUAUGACAGACGGUUGGCCAGAUAAUGCAUCCACCGAUAUUAGUGGUAAGGAUUGGCCAUCCACCCAGGACUCGUUCUCUGACUUGGUCCCGGAAUUCGAACCAGGAAAACCGUGGAAGGGCACUCAAAUGAAAAUAGAAGAAGAUCCGACUAUCACUCCGGGUAGUAUUGCCCGCAGCCCGAUAGCAGCGAUUUCCGUUGGGUCCGCAAAGGAUUCGGAACUGUUUGCGACCAGCAGCAAACCAUCGCCGACGGACUCGAUCAGUCUUUCCUCGUCGACCUGGAGCUUCAAUGCGAGCAGCAGCAAUUAUUCAUCCGCGACAGGAUCUGCCGGUAUGGGUAAGCUCGGCGGACCGUCUAAGAACACCUGGUCCGAUAGUGGUGUCACUGGAGCAGCAGCUGACGUGUGGGGAGCCGGCCUUGGUACUGGUUCCGGAGGGCCAACUGGCAACAGUGCAUCGAAAACACCGCGUGGACCUCCGCCCGGGCUGUCAUCGGGAAAAGUGUCUGGCAGUGGCGGUGUUGGUGGGGGCCCGGGUAGCAACGGAUGGAUGCCAAGAACCAGCCAUGGCCAGGGAGGAAAUUGGUCGGCAGGUGGUGGUGGAGCAUCCGGCUCCUGGUACUCGACCUGGUUGCUGCUGAAGAACCUUACCGCUCAGAUUGAUGGUUCAACGCUGCGAACACUUUGCAUGCAGCAUGGCCCGCUGCAAAACUUCCAUCUGUAUCUAAACCAUGGCAUCGCGCUGUGCAAAUACUUGACCCGCGAGGAAGCAAACAAAGCUCAGCUAGCUUUGAACAACUGUGUACUGGGCAACACAACCAUCUGUGCCGAAUCGCCCACAGACAGCGAGGUACAGACGAUCUUGCAGCAUUUGGGAUUGCCGGGACAGAAUGGAGGUGGUAGCGCUAGUGGCGGAGGCCAAAGCGCGAGUGCUGGAUCGGGCGGCAUUGGAAACUCGAGCAUGGCUCAGUCGUGGCGCUCUAACGGUCCCAUCACAGGACGUGUCACUGAUACCUGGGGCUCUUCAUGGGCAUCUUCCGGCGGUGGCAGCAACCUGUGGACCCCGUUGGAUGGUCCAACCGAGCGAGGAACUCCAUCGAAUUUGAACUCAUUCCUGCCGGAGAAUUUACUCGUUGGCGAGCUUAACUAAACUGUGACCAGCAACAACACCAGCAAUACGUGGAGCGCCAUUGAAACGUGACAUGCGUUCGGCAUCAGACACGCAGUCACUGUCGUCCAAUCGGCGGGUCGAUGGUGGUGUCGGUGGUAAGUUUUUAAUGUGCAAAGUUUUAUGCGGUACAAUCUCCAGACGGAACGUGAGCACGGACGGGUGCCACAUCGCCGAUGGAUGAUCCUAUGAUGGUGUGUGAGGGAGCUAGUUUUAACUUUAUAACGUAAAGCAUUGUGAUGCGCUUCAAGGCGCCACUCAUACAACGGGUGGUUGUACUCAAAACAAUCCACGAGGAAAUAGUGUACGUGUGUGUGUGUGCGUGCAGCAGGGGAGCAUUGGUACCGGUUAUGAAACAUACCGAUGCACCAUAAUCAAACGCUUAGACCAAUCGUGUUAUUCCCGUUACAGACAAAAUAUGGUACAAAUGGUUUUGUUGAAUAAUUUUUAAUUUCUCAUGCCGCUUUUUAUGUAGUAUAUCAAUAAGCAAUGCUUGGCAGUAAGCGAUCAAUGAUCAAUCGUGCAGCAGCAGUGAGCGGAUCUGCACAUCUGCCGAAUACAAAUGAAUGCAAAUAUGAACAGAAAGGGAAAGGAAACCUAUCACAAAGUGCGCUCUGUAGAGCAUUUGAUUAUAUAUAUAUUCGAUAUCGAUAAAUAUUUUAGAAUUCCGAAUCAUCACAAUCUGUGUUGGUAUAGGUGCAGUACAACUGCAACAGUAAUAUUAUUGAAGUGAAAAAAAUAAAAAAAAAAAAACAAAACAAAAAACGGUUAUUUGGUCGUUUUGUGUGCGAAACAACCUACCUAAGUAGCAAUGAUUAUAUACCGUGCGUUUCAGGUAACCAUAUAAUGCAUAUGAUAUGAUGUAUACUUUAAGGCAACAUAUGAACCUGUUAGUUUACACCGAAGAAAUAGAUGUACUUGUAGGAUUGAGGAGAGUAUUUGCGAAUCUUCAUAAAUUUCCACACAUAGCUAUGAAACAGGAACGUACCGCGUUCCAUAUAUUAUCAGUGUGUGCUAUUAUUGUGAAAGAGUAUCGUAUUGUUUCGUAUUUUUGAAAACUAUUUAUUUUGUUACUGUUUUUAAUUCGAUUGAUUUGAAUUGAUGAAUUUCCGAGCAUUGCGAUGAAUGUUGCACUCACUACUGUGAGGUGAAUUGAUAUACGAAAACGCUUAUGUUUGUAGUGGAAGAAGAAAAGCCCCAACAACUAGCAUCGGAUCUAGUGCAUUUACUUCUACUACUACUACUACUACUUCUAUUGCUACAACUACUAAUACUACAACAACUACUACUAUUACUAUUAGCAAGGAUAGACAAACAGGGAACAAAACUAAAAUCACUGUGAGAAAGAUUACUACAUUGGUAGCACCUGCCUCAGUUGUCAGUUGUUUGAAGGCAGACACACUUGCCUAAGGUGUAGUGCAAAACAAUGUUUGCUAAUGACACAAUCAAAAGUUGAAACAAACAACAAUACACCGGAGAUACACGAGCGAUCUCAACCGUUUAGGGAGGGCUUCCGUGCGUAAUAAGUGAUCGAUUGUAUUACCGUGUGACUGAUCGAACAGUUGAUGCGCAAACGCCAACGAUUAAUUACGCAAACACGUGGCCAAUAGCCAACAAGUCUAUCAGAUUUCCAUGAUUGUAUUCUAAAUUUUCAUUCUGACGAAUGUAAAAGCCAUUAUAUUGAGACGUCCACUUUGUUUGUGCAUUUUGUUCCUGUAUGACUAUAAGAGACAGACUUAACGAUGGCAGAGAUGGCGUCGUAACAGCUGUAGAAAGUAAGGUGAGCGCAAGGGAUGUGGAUCAUUCGCCAGAACAGGUGCUAUCUUCUACUGAUAGUAUAUCAGAAGCAGUCCGAGUGUACUUUAAUGUCGGGAAGGUUGUGAUUUUCUAACCCAGGUGUACGAACAGUGAAGGUAGUGACAAUGAAUCAUUAUACACACACACAAAGUUAGGUUUAUUUUCCGAACCCCUCUUUGCGUACCUUUACCGGGCACCGAACGUUUGAAUGUGAGAAGCGCUUUUGUGUCACAGUAGAUCUAAUACAUUUUAGUUGAUGAAAAACGAGUGAUGUCACACAAAUCUAUGUCCUAUUACGUGUAAUACUGGUGUCUCCUAUCGCUAUCCUUUUUAAGUUUCAAAGAUAAUAAUCGAUGCUUUGUGGAUUAUUUAACUACGAUAUCAUCUAUCUUAUUUAAUUAUUGUCUGUAGUAUGGGGUUCAUAUGCUCGUGAAUUUAGUUGUGUUGAUAUUUUUAAAACGUUAUCGUUAUGGAUACUUCCUCCUACAACAUUCCUGCGAUAAUUGGUACCAAUUUGAUUUAAAUGUUGUUGUGUUAGGGAUUCAUAUUUUGCGCAUUAAAGUAAAAAUUAGCUUAUUCCUUCCCACUUUAUAUGUGAUUAAGUUAUUGCAAAACGCACACAUUUACUUUGUUAUUUUCAAUGGGAACAUACCUUCAAACGCACAUUGAAUUUCUUAUGUUCCAGCAGGUCGCCGUCACUGUUGCUACUAAUCAUCGACAUUAAAUGAUAAAUGUAAUGCUUUAUAGCGAUCUACCUACCAACAGAUAUCUACUACAACUCCAAUGACGACACGAAAUGGAGUACGUAUUACACGCACAGCGAGAGAUUAUUGGCAAGCACAAACGAACAAUUAUUGAGUCGUCGAUACGAACGUGAACCGAACCGUUCAUCAGCUUCAACUCUUUUUGUGCGCAAGUCAUUAAAAGCAAUAUUUCAUAUUAAGGAAACAGCAUGAAAUCGCACAGCAAAGAAACUCAUCAGUCUAGUGAAAAACAAGUGAUUAUUGAUGUUUUUAGUUUCAUUGUACACAACACCAAAAUCCGUGUGUAUGUGUUAGUAUGAGUGCAAUCGAUUGAAAAAAACACGGCUUGUUAGUGUCUAUUCCAAAUGCGUGAGUAGGAAAAUGUAUGUGUGUGUGUUGUGUGUGCAACAGAUUUAGAAAAAAAGCAGAGAAACAUAUUGGCCAAACAUGUGAUAACGAAAUUAAUGAUUGGUUGUAAACCAAACAUUCAAACAGCCUUCAGCACAGAAUGGUGAACAAAAAGGUGAAAAAAUGUUUUGAACAAUAACUGAAAUAACACGAAACACUGGUUAGAAUGUGGAAGAAACAAUCGCAUCAGUCAGCUCGAACAUUUUCUCAACAGGUGGAUCGGGGCUAGUGCAUGAAGAACAAAAUUAGCAUUAUUAUUGUAUGUGUCUUUCGUCGUUACCUGUAUGAUGAGCACACACGCACACGCGCAUAAGCAGGAAAAUGUAACAUUCUUUCAUUGUGUGUAGAGGUAGCAGUAUAUUCCAAUUCUGAGAUUGCCGUACGUCAACCUGCCAAAGCCCAUAGCCUCAGAAAGUUGAAAAAAAUAUGUUUUGCAUUUCCGACAUUGCAACGGUGCCGGAAAAUGGCCAUUGUGCCGUGCGCCGAUUUAACUGAAGGCUGUCUUUACUAGCGUAAUUGGUGGUAAUGUUUGUAGCUGUGUGUUUGUGCAACAUUGGUGUGGAAGCAUUAUUAGAACGCUUGUUAUCAUGUUUCCUGACUACCGUUUGUUAACGAAAAGCUAUUACAUGGAAACACCAAUGCUCUACAUGUAUGUGAAUGUCUGUGCGAUAUACGAAUAAUGUGUACAAAUGAGUUAGCAAUGGAUUGUGAAAAUGAAACAACAAAAUAUGACAACAAAUGAACCCCCCUCCCCCGCCCUUCUUCUCCGCAGUGAUUGGUGAGGGGAGACAAGAAUAUCCACUUAAAAAGGCGCACAACAUAUUUGCUGUAAUGUACGUGAAGUGAAACCACCAUCAAAUACUUGCAACAAACGAGUGUGUUUGAUAAACUGGAUUUAGUAUUAAGCUAUUGGUGCAAACUUAUAGUAAAACGAUAUCAAAAUAUGUGUGACUGUUUGUGUGGAGGUGUGAAGAAUGCGAGAGUAUGGAGAAAUUUUAUCUAGAUAUUAUAAGGAAUGAACACAUGAAAGCAUCACAAUGAGUAAGAAUGAAAAAAGGGAACCUAUAUUUUAGUAACUAAGUAUGGAACUAUAUGAGCCCACAAGAGAUACAGACAGAUUCUAUUUAUAUAAAAUCAUUAUCAAUGAUCAUAGCACUAGCAGCAAUGCGUUGACCGUGCAAUUUGCGCCAGAAUACACCGAUACAAGGAAAUGACAUGAAUUUAAUCCAUGCUUCUUGAUCGUGCGGAGUAGGGAGGUAUUUUUAAAAUUUAUCAAAUUCGUAAUCGCCAAACACAGCGUGGGUGAGCGUGUCGAACGGUGUAUCGAACGAAGUAAUUAUAAUCCCUGCAGUAAUUGUAAUUGAUGAAUUAAAUGAUGAAAAUGUACUGUACCACAACUAUGAAAUACUCAAAUGAUUAAAACAAUCACGUAAAGAGGAAAGAUAGAAGUAAUGAAGAUAAAUGAUCGAAAUUUGAUAAAAUUCAACGACACAGCAAGGGUGUACGCAUAACUGCAAGCAAGCAGAAGGAGAAGAUAAAUAGCAACUGUGCGUACAUGAUGAUGAUAGCGUAGCAAUGUGCGAUUUGAAUGGCAAUGAAGCAUGGAUUGGCACAGAAUUAUGACAAUAUAUUUAAAGCUGCAGAAUUCAGAUAAAAAUCAGUUAUUAAUGUUGAUGAAUUCAUGAAUUUGGCUAUGAUUCGUUGUGUAGGGUAAAUUGUAGUGUGAUUGAGGGGUUUUGAGGUUCCACUCUAGUAGCAUGGAAUUUCAUCAGACUAAAGCAAAGUUAGCAGACGUAUCAGCCUCAGCUUUAUGCAUGUGUUAUACCGUUCAAUUCCGAUUUGCUAGAGCCCAGGCGCUUCAAAUGACCCUCAUCUCAUUUUUAAUAGUGAAUGAGUAUCUGAUGAUCAGCGUUGGCAUAUUUAUUACAUGACCUGCAAUAACGAUUUAUUCGUAAAACGCUACCUGUUCACAUCAGCGGAAUAUUGAGGACUUACGUACUCAACGGCAAACAGCGGAUUGUUGUUAGUUGAUUACAGUUUGCGAACAAUUUGUAAAAUGUGAAAGGUUGCGUUUCAAACUGUGCAACAAAAUAAUGCAACCGUUUACGCUAGUCACAAACCGCCACACUCAAAAACAUUCGAAAACAAUUAAUCACAAAAUAGCUAAUUGUACGAAAUAGACAAAGCCAAGCUUUUGAUAUGAAAGUUAAGUAAUCAUCACGAUGAAAAAUAAAAUCAGAUGGAACUUUGACAAAAUAAACCAUAACACGAAAGCAUAAAUUGCAGCAAUACCACCUCAUGUAAUAGAUUAUAGCAGGUGUGAAAGUGAAGAUAACAAAAAAUCGAUAAACAAAUCGAAUCGUUUUGUGUUUCUGGCUCUGUCCAAACAUAAUCCCCAAAACAUACCUGCAAGAACGCAGACAAAACGGAACUACAAUAAGUGUACUUUUAUCAUCAUCCUUCUCUGUGUGAAGUGUUUGUUUGUUCUAAUCAUCUCUCGUCAAACUACUACUACUACUACUAGUACUACCAAACCCUAAUGUGUUUUAAACCUUUCAUGGUGAAUGUUUUGCCAAGAGAGGUAUACCAGAAAAUGCGUUCAAACGUUGUGCUUUCAGGGGUUGAUGGAACAUUUCACUUGAUAAAAAGACUACACACGGUAAAACGUCACAAAACGAACAUAAUAUUGAAAGUAAUCAAUGCAAAGGUGCUCUUUCUAACGUAAUAAAUAAUAGGAUAAAAUGAAUAUUAUAACUAAAAAAACACACACACUCACAAUUGUGACUGUCGUCGACUUUCGAUAUUGAUGAGUAAGGGCGGUGCUGUCACGGCGGGUUUAUAAAAAAAGAUCAAUGAGAUCAAGCAAAAGCAUCAUCAUCCAGCACAUGGAAACUCAAAAGUCAAACCAAACACUGCUGAUUAAAGGAUAGCAGCAUCAGGAGAGAGAAUAUUAGUAAGCUAAGGUGUACACCACGAUGCCACAUAAUAGAUGGAGUAUGAUAAUUAUUUGAUAACCAGUACAUUCUAACCGCCGACGUGUGUAGUGUGUGAUCGACUAAUGUAACAUAAUUGCAGUGGAACCAUGAAUGUAUUUUAAUGCGAUAUUGUGUGAGACACCGAUGCACGGAAUCUGCCGAAUUGUAGUAAUGUAAGAAAAUAUUUGCGCAAUUACAUGUAUAAGACAUUGCAUUAUCAUCAUAUAUACAUAUAAUAUAUUCAACUAUUCAACCCACUAUCAUGAGGAGUAAACUAAACAAACAUAGUUAAAUCAAAAAAAUGUGACAUGCCAUAAACUCCAAAACAAAACAAAAAAAAAAUGAAGAAAAAAGUAGUGGAAGUUAAAUGUUCAGAUAUAGUUCAUCCCUUAAAAUGCAAUGUUCUAGAGAUUUUAUUCCAAAUCGACUAUAAAAUGCAGCUAGCUGGCAUAAUGAAGGCCUAAGAAUGUACGAGAAAACAGUAAACUCUGUGGAUGGAGAUGAAAUGACCAAAAUUACACAAAAAGAAAUGUAUUUCGCCAAACGCAAUUAGAUAACCUUGUCAAGUAAAUAUUAGGUGUAUAAUGAAGUGCGUUUUAGAAGGCUCAAUAUGAAUGCAAAAGUAGCGAGGAGCGAGGAGAUAAUAACAAAACUCCGGUACACAACAUACCUUCCAUUGCGGAGUGCGGAUGCGACGAAUCUUAAAACCUGCUGCUACAUUACAGGAGGCUCAUAAAAAGCUGUAGCGCAUGUUGAACAAGUAACAGAAGAGUAGUAUUUGCGAAAAACCCUACAAAACCGUUGGUGUGUUUUCGGUAUCCUGCAUUCUGCAGACGGAAUGGCUUGAAUAAGGCUGUGCUCUGGCGUGUUGGAUGUAACUAAUAUAUUGAAUGAUCCAUACCACGCGCACAUGUUUCCUUUCCUUGGUGAAGUUAGGUUGAUAUAGAACCGAUUCUCCUUGACAGCAAUACUGCUGCUAAUAGUUCCUUAUGAUUUUUUCGAUCUAUUGUUUCAAGUUUAGAAAAAAGAAGACGUAAAAACAGAAUCAGUUAUUCCCCAUAACAUUUAAGGAAUCGGCACGUGAGGAAUGCAUAGAAAUAAAGCAUAAAAUGCCAUAUUUUGCAUAAUCAACAGAUAAGAGAACGUUAGGUAAUCAUUACUACUCAUCGAUAACUGUAUAACUCAACGCUCUACGUGUCUAUGUGUGCUUUCACCCUUCCAUUGAAUGUGUAGCUUCAGAAUAUCGAUGUAUCUUCCAAGCUCAAAAUAUGUUAGCCAACCAGCGUACGAUUUCUCUCCACUCGAUGUAAAAAUUAAAAAAAAGGUCAGCUAUUAAUGGCCAGGUGUUUGUUCGCAACUAGUUCUUUCCGAAUGAUUCUCUUGCGUCUGUGAAAAUUAUAACGCCUUCUUAACGUACUUAUAUAUACUAAAAAUAACGGUCAAGCGAUAAUCAAAAGCCCCCGAGAGCAGUAAGACCGUAGGAUGGUGUAUUUCGUGAUAGGUGUGGACCCAAUUUUCAUUUCUUGUACGAAUGUAACGCUUUUGGCUAUUCGCUUUAACGCGUAACAUUUGAGGAAACGUUCAUUUUUUUACGAAGUAGAUCUCUCUUGUGCGGGAAAUGUGUUUAUACUUUUUAUAAAAUAGUUUUGCUAUAAACCCACUCUCAAUACAAAUCGUUUAUAUUAUUUCUGUGCAAUACAAACAUGACCGCUUUUAAGGUUAAAUUUAAACACAGCAGAAAGGAAACGGCUUUGUUGCAAACGUGAUUUAAUGACAGUUUAAAACUUUACAUUUUACGGGUUAAUUAUGUGAUGAUCGUAAACGAUCUACCACACACACUGCACACUUAGAGAUGCUAAUAUCGAGUGAUUCCGAUUCAGUUUAUUUAUGUAUCAGCAACUUUUAAAAAGCAUGAUAGUGGUUGAUAGUGGUAACUGUCUUCCAGCGAAUGGGGCGAGCAUAGAAAGAAGAUAGGUGCAGUUUGCUAUUUUCGACCAUUUAAUUUACACUAUUUUGGUUCUGUACAAGCUUCGUAGCAUUUGAGUGGGUCAUCUAGCAGCCCGGUAACUGGGCGGGAAUUGUUAUGAAAACCAAUUAAUUUGAUCCUUAGUACCACCUAACUCUACCUGGAACACGGGCCGCUAGGGUUUACUUAUUGCAGAGCCGUGUGUUUGAAGAAGACAGACAGUGCCUUAAAAACUGCCACCCGGACGAAAGACAUUGCCAAGGUUGGACAAUUCACGUCCAUGUAAGGAUGCUGAUGCAUUGCUCGUGCAUUGCACAGAGCUAACCAAUGAAGAUGUACCACAAGAUAGUAAAAUCAAAUACCUUUACGUUCGUUCGGCGCGAGGCAGAGGAGGCUUACCAAUUGGAGCAAAUUCUACGAGAGCUUACAGUGUUAACCAAAACCUGUAGAGUGAUAGGGAGGAAAUAGGAGAAUCUUUUGAGUAGAUGUGAAAUGUUUGCAUUUAAUGUUUUAGGAGAAAUUUCCAGCGAAACAAAAACUAUAAGGAAACUAGAUUAAAGUUUAAGUAAAAGCGACAGUGAUCCACGAAUGAUCAAGAGUAUGUGUCUUCUGUCGUGAUCGUUAUUCUAGUAUUAUUAUCAGACAAAUGGUAGAUGAAACAAAAACGUAGCACGUAACAUUUGCUCUUAUGGAAAAGCCAAUCCCAUUUAAUGUAACAAACUUAAUAACGUGUGUGCAAUAUUCUGUAACUCGUAUUGCAAUUGUAUGCCACCAAUAUCUUUAACUCCAAAAAUUACCUGCAUUUGAUAUCUCAGUGCUUAUUCUUUUUUUUCUAAAUUCGCUAAGCGAAUGUGUUUGUUUUGAACAAGUUUUGUUACACAAUUACACCAUGUGUGCGCGUGGAUGGUAGGGAAAGUUUUAACCUGGAAACAAGAAAACAAUGAUCAAAAGGACGGCAGGAUGGAUAAGCCAACAACACACCAGUGGUUUAGUCGGAUAAGGCAACUAUCUCUUCAUUGUGAUGUAUGUUCCUUAUCCUUGUAGCGAAGCAGCAGAACAGUAAGCAGUAGAGAAACGAAGCAAAAGUAUCUUCUCCCUCAAGCGUGCUCCGAUGGAGCCAGAAAUUCAACAGUGAAGCCAAAGAAUUCUCCUUAUCGAAUGAAACGGAAACUUUAGCAAGGUGCCGAAGCAUCCGAUCGUAUCCUGCGGGCGAUGAUCAUCAGCAAAUCUACGUCAGACACAUAUCAUCGUCAAGCAAAUCAAUCAAUCAAUAGCGCGAAUGUUUCUGUUCGCUCUACGCGGACUCUAGUACUAGGUCCAACGGUUUUGGUUGUGCAAACGAAACGAAUGGACGAAUAUCACGAUCGCAAAGCCUCUCCGCUGGUUAGCAAUGAAGCGUGCCAAGAACAAUGGUCAGUACAGGGUACAACGCCACGCGAGGAAGAAGCACUGGCAGUGUGCAGCAGUGAAGUUGAUGUUUCUCUCCAAUGUGUCGAAUCUUGUGCGUCCUGCACUAUUUUAACUCAGUUGCAACUCGAUCGACACAUCGGACGGCGGGGCGAUAGAGAGAGCGUAUACGACGAAUGCAACAAGGCUAUUCUCUAAAGUACAAAACCAACUUCUUUGGUAGCUUUUCGUUAAAGAUUGGCACGGAAGAUAUCAGUACCGAGGAUAAAGAAACUAACUGCUAGCACCAUAUGAUUGAUGCAUUCCAUGCUCAUGAAUCAGUGAGCAACAAACAGAUAUCGAAAUGCCAACGGAAGCUGAGCCCGGUUUCGUACCAAGCAUCCAUGCUUUACAUCCCCGCUCUCAUGUGCCACCAGUCAGUCUACAGGACAUAACCAGAAGAGAUGUUGCGCUGAUUGUUGACAUAAUUCAUCAUUAGCAUUGGUACAAGUGUUAGUCGGACAUCAGGUGUAUGAUGUGCCGUGUUUCACGCAACCCCAAACGCUGCAUUAACGUAUCGAAAGCAACACAUUGAAGUACCUGUGUGAGUGACGUGAAAGCCGGAAAUGAGUUGCAGGCCUUGCCCUAAAAGAAGAAUUGCAAGUUGAUGUAAGAAGAUGUGAUGAAAGCUUCUUAUUGUUGCAAUGGAACAUGGCCUGUUGCUAUCGAGUUCAAUAUUCCUUUAAGGCUUAUAUCCUGACUCGGACUUAUCAAAACCUAGAGUAUUACCGGUACUACCAAAAUUAAACACAAAGCUCACCCCCCCCCCCCCCUCCUGCAGAGGAAAACAAAGAAGCAGUAGAGAGUGACGAAAUAAGGUGCUAAGAGAAAACAAAAGUAAGGCAAGGGAAAGGAACAGUGACAUACAAUACAAGAAACUGAACACAAAUAAUGCAAUUUGAUAAAGAAAGAAAGCCUAUAAACCGUAGUAAUUAUGUUUUAACACUGAGCGUAAGGAGCACAGCUGCUGGGGACAAACCGCAGCCUCAUCAAGUGUGUCGCAGUGUAUGGUUGAGAAAGUUUCUAAUUAAGAAACAAUUAUUUACCUUGACGGAAAGGAGAAAAUCAACAUAAGUAUUUUUCUUUCACGCAGAACAUCACUAACUAGCUCCUAAGGUAAAUCAAUACGUACCAAAAGAACUAUCAAGCAUGCGAAUUGCGAAUGAAUGAUUUAUUCAAAGCAAACAGCAGCAUACUCUGGUGCAAGAAAGAAAAUUGCAAAAAAUCUUAAACAAGCAAACAGAAAUAAUGAGGCUACAUACAGAUAUGGACGAGGUUAUAAUAACUUAUUAAUAAUCAUACGGCAGCGGUGUGAAUGGCAGUGGUAUAGGGCCAAAGCGCAAAACACAGGGUUCAAAUGAGACAAGCAAACACAAACUGCAAUCUAACAGCGGAUCAAUUAUAUACUGCGGAAAACACGGCUCUGAUGAACAAACAUACACAGACACACACAUAUAAGCAUGAAUCAUAAAUUCACAAACUUCUCCUAAUUACCUAAUACAUUGUAUAUUAAAUGAAACAGCAUUAAACAAAAAAAAACUUAAACCCUUAAAACCCAACAACCAACCAAUGCGGAACAACAACCAAACCAAUGAGAGGAGAGACUUUCUCGGGAUUUGGCUGUGCACAAAAAAAGGAGUAAAAUAGGACCGCAAUACAAAUGCAAAUAAUGGAAAAAAGAGACACAUUUGCGCAGUCAUUUGACCAUCACGUCGGUUAACGAUGGUGCUUAAACAACACAAAUUAGAAGCAACACACUAUGACCAAGCGCACGUGUAAAGCAGAUAUCGGGACGAUAAAGCGCCACAAUGAAUGAAACAGUUAUUGCACCUACUACUACUAAGCUUAGUACACCCAAUGUGUGUUGGAGUUAGUUACGUUACGAUGGUACAACACACAUACCGACUUCCACACAGACUGGAACCACAAAACACAAAACAAUGGAUAUAAACAUAAUGAAAGCGGGCAAUGAAACUUGUGCAACAAAAACGACGAAUACCACCUACAAUAAAUAACACAAAAAUAUAUGGAAAAUAAGCAAGCUCGAUAAUUCUAUCGAUGCAAGAAUCAGUAUUUUCUAUAAGAAAAUGUUUAAGAAAACAAAACAGAAGGAGAAAAAAAUAUGUUAAAGUGUAAUUGUUUUAAACUAAUGCCUCAUAACAACAAAACAGUACGUGAGAAACAAAACACUCGAGUGUAACAAGUGUGUGUGUGUGUAUGCUUUUGAUCUGUGUAAUAAGACAAGGAAACGGACAAGGAUAAUUAGCAAAAAGAGAGAUAACAAAGCAUGUUAGACGAUUGAGCAGUAGAAUUUUGAAAGCAAGAAUGAAUUUGAGUUCUUAAGGUGUGCAUUGCUCAAUCGGAAGAAGCCUUAAUGUCACCAAAACACACGGUUGAAUGGAAGACGAUAUUCUGUUGAUCGUUUGUAGUGUGAAAAGAUUAACCGCAAAUGGAAAGCACAUGACGACGAUAUGAGAAAAGGGUUGCGUCAAGAUUAAGUAGCUUUAGGAUUAUCUCUCUGUUAUAUGUUUUAUUGCAAUUAUACUGAUUUUGUAAGGCUGUCUAAGUUUAGAGUUGUUUUGUUGGUAGGAAAAUAAACAUCAAGCAGCAGGAGGUAGAUAAAUGAAUUGGUUUUGUGAAAUGUGAGACAUUCAAAGGAAAGUGCAAUUAUUUUACAUUCCGCGUACAUCACAACAGUGAGAACUAUUUUACGUCAUGAAAUGGGAAUUAAAUAUUAUUUUUUAGUUUUCCUAAAAAUUGGACUAAAACAAACACUGCUAGUAGAGGACGCUGGUUGAGUUUUUGCGGAAUAGAAAAAAAAAAAAAUAUCUUCGUUCAGUGACCAAGCCGCGUAUACCAUUGCGUCUGAGAAGUGAUAUGAGACUGAUUUGUGGAUCGUGCUGAGGAGAAGAAUUAAUCCGUUGCAAGAGACAGCAUAAACGAGAGAAAAACUUAAUAAAACCAACCAAACCCAGCAGUGGUAUGUGUAUAACAUUAGAAAAACAAACUAAAUAUCUGAUUGAAAAGCCAUCCAUAAAGAGUAGAUUUUGAUCGUUGAAUGUUCCAACGAUCGUGCGAUCGCGAAUAAGAAAACAAUAAUCGAAGAACAGAGCAGGAGUCGUGCAGAAUCCUUCUCGUGCGCGAGAAAUUAAAUCAAUAAUUUUAUGUGGUGAAACAAAGUGUGAAGAACAAAAUGAUAGAUGAAUCGAUAUCAACCGUAGCAAACCGCAGUAGCGUGUAGUGUGUGGGUGUGUGUUUGUGUGCUUGAUCGUACAAGAGUUGAUGUGAGAGAAUAAGCUUACCGUGAAGCUUCCAACUAAAGAGAGGAAAGGAAAGAAGACACAAAAAGAGUAGCAAAUUAAGUCCUUGUUGAUAAGGAAGAUAGUAAAUAGUAAACACAACACUACAUUGGUAGAGGAGACAGCUGGCAGCUGGCAGCUGGAUUCUUGUGACAUUUUGUUUAUAUAAGAAUUACAAUUAAGAGAAAUAUCUUACACUAAGCGGGACACAGUAGUUUGUAGGAAUGGAACCAAACGUGUACUGACAAACAGGGAGCGCACGCGUAGGGAGCGGGCUUGGAAGAUUAUUAGUUUUUGAUUUGCCUUCAACCAAUAACGAGCCGACGACAUCCCCAGGAAGCCUUAGCGAUCUGGGUUGGACCGCUCACCUGGAGAGAAACAGCACUAAAAUAAAGAAAACUACUAAAUAACUAGAUAAAUGACAUGUGUGUGUUGAUGCUAAACUUUAACCUGGACGACGGCGUAUGGUCACGUACCCGAGCCUGGUGUCGCUAACUUAAAAUCACCAAAUAAAGCCACAAACAGGGCUUAAUUAGUAUUGCCGAAUGGUGCAUUCUAGCGCGUUAAUGUUACAAAUCCUGGAGAAAAGAAAAAUGGACGCGCUAGAGUAUAAAUAUGUGAAAAUGUUCCUUGUUUUUAUAGCGUUUUGAACUACCACACAAUACCAAACAUCUAAACACUAAAUGAAUACCGGAAAAGGGAAUAACUUAAAUAAUUCAAAAUAGAUGAACUCAAAUAUAUAACAACAAUGAGAAGCUAAAAGUCGAGAAAAACACAACACAAUAAGAAAUUCUAAACAUUAGCUGAGUAAAUCAAUGUCAGUUGAGUUCCGGAUGUGCGUUAAGUGUGCUCAUUUUCGUUCAACAGAAUGGUCGAUGUGUUCGAGCUUUAAAUUACCCAUGGAAAUUAAGAGUAAAAAAACCCAGCAUCAAACGGUUUGAACAGUAGCAGAGCAUCCCUCCCUCCUGUAUUGUGAAAUGUUUGGCAAAAAAAAGAAGUUAAUUUCGUACAAAUGCUUAACUUUUAAAUGACCAAAUGUGUUUAGAUCGAAACGUGGAAGAGCUCGAGCAGCUUUGGUAGCUGCUGCAAAAUGUGUGCCAAAAGUGAAAUCAAAAUUCUACCGAUCGGUCACCAGGUUUUACUUGACUCCAAGAUCUCCCCACACAGCAAAACGAUAGGGGCUAACGCUAACGGCUACUGAACUGUAAAUGGUUGAUGUCCUAUCAAACAGGGCCACCAAAAUCCUACACUUUCCAGCCCCCCCUUUAUCCUAGUCGCUACUCUAAAAUCAAUCACAUCCGAUAAUCAAACUCAUACAUACCUCUCCAGCGAUGCUUCGAAAAGCAAAUAAAGACUACGCAAAAGCAAUAGCCAGCAACUCCGCAGUGGAGCGGCUUAUAAUAUGGAACCACCUACUACUACUGCGCUUUACCAGUGGGAAGCUGUAAGCUAGUCAAAAUUUGUCAAAUUAGUAUAAAAAACAGUUACUAAGCAGCUGCUUUUUGUGAAGAAGGUUUAUGGUUUUGUUACAAAUUAUCAUCCCAAUGUCAGAGCGUUAAUAUAUUCCACGUGAUUUUUGUUUUUGUUCAACAUGACAAUUUGGAUUUGUGAGGUAACACCAUCCCGCCCCAUACAAGCAUUUUACCAUAUGAUAACAGUUCGUUAAGCGGGAUACUAUAUUAUUGUCACUCCUUAAGCUUUUCAGAAAAGCAUCAAAACUUACACAAAAACUGCAUACGAGAAGAAAAAAUGGCAAUGAGGGCGAUUCAGUGUUUCAGCUUCAGCUUUAAUAAUACAAAGACUUGAUCUUACCCUUAAAUCCUCUUACCUUUUUCAUAACUCUUUAUCUGUCCUGUGUGUUUAUAUAUAUGUAGUAAAGAGAAGGCAAACAACAAAAAAGAUUAAAAAAGAUACUACAAAAAAAAAAGCAAAACAGAAAACUGCACAAAAACAUGAUGAAACAAUGUGUAAUGUUUCUCGGUGUAUGUUCUAUUCUUUAGAGAUUCAGCGUAAUUAUGUGAACCAAGCCGACCCACGCACAGGGACGCACAGGAGUGGAGAAGGAGACGAAGAUUUGCCUAGUAGUGGUAGCAGUAAUAUGAAUGUGAACAAUUUUUAGGUGUCGUAGUUGAUAGUUUUUCUUCUCUUUGUUCGAAAAUACAAGCAAGCAGGCAAACAAACAAACAAACAAACAAACAAACAAACAAACAAACAAACAAACAAAUAAACAAACAGUUUACAAACAUUGCGCCCACCACCUUUCCUCAAAACUGUUGGAUCAAUCAAAUCGAUGUCGUCGUCGUACUUUUAUAAUAUUGAAUGCAUAAGAUCGUAGUACACGGUAGUGUAACGUGUUACAGAAAAAAACAACAAUACAAAACAAGCCAAUGUACUAUGUAAGCAUGUGAAGCAACGCGUGUAGCACAAACACUGUAACAGCGGAAAUAUGGGAUGCAAGAGGAAAGAAAGAAAGAAAGAAAAAAAAAAACGUUUUACAAACCAAACAAAUCGAUGGAAAAGUAUAUAUACUGAUACCUAUAAGUGUAUUUCAGCCUUCCUCUUGUUGGAACAAAUUCCUAGAUAAAAUACAUCAAUAAGGCAGACAAACGACGCAAGUGAUAAAUAAUUGUGAAUCAUAUUAAAUAUAUAUAUAUAUACUAUAUAUACAUACAAACAACAAGUCUAUCUAUAAAUGUGUGAACUAAUCUAAACCAUAGUGUGUAAAGAACCUGGAAGGAGAAUCAAACUCCCCUUCCCUGGUUCAAAUCUUUCACUCUUCGUGGCAUCGAUGUCAGUUUUUUCGCAAUAUCUUCUCACAUAGCAAAAUGAGCAAAAAACGGAAACGAAACUUACUAAGAACAAAACCAAACCAUUAUCUUUCGAAUCUAUUUUUGUAUUCCUUACUAAAUGUAAUAUCAUCAUUAUACAAACACAACAUCCUAAAUAUAUAUAUAUACAUAUAAAUAUACAUAUACAAUUGAUUUUUUCAAUACAUGAAACAAACAAGCUAGCAUGAAACAACUUGAAUACAAACAGGAGGAUAACAGGAUCCAACCAACGCGUUAACGCGGACCAGCAACGAACACGACACCGAGGGUGCGGUGUGCCCCUCCAGCAUCGGAGCAGUCCGGAUGUGGCCUCCAGCCGCCCAAACACUUUCUCUCUCUAUGUCAUCUCGUAUCACAAAGAACUAUAAAACAUCCGAUAUUUAUGUAUGUGUUCUUCGCGUACUGAGUCAAGUUUGGUAGCUUCCCAAUUCUGGGUAGAAAAGGCAGGAGCGAAUGUAUCACAGUCGAAUUUGUAAGUCAAUGGACGCAAUAAACAGAACAAUACUCUGUAAAUGAAUUUCGCGACGAAAAAAAAAAAAACCAAACGCAGCAACAAUAAAACUUUGCAACCAAUAAACAUGUUUGAAAGGGAGGGUGGAGUUUGGUGCAGAGAUUUUUAACAAACUUGAGAGAAAAACAAUCAACAAAAAGAACAACCACACAACACAACUAUAAAAAUGGGUUAUAAUCAAGAAAUCGGAAGGACACUAGGAAGGAGAUAACAUCCUAAUUGAGUGAAGCGAAUCCAUUACGAAUCAAACAAAAAGCAAACAAAAUGAAUGUGACACCGAAACAUGCAAAGAUUGAAGUUAAACAAACAGAAACGAGAGAAACAAUCUCGUUAUCUUACGAGAGAAACAAAAUAUGUGUGGAUGUAUUGUGCAUGUAAACAUUCACAGCAAAUCUUUCAAAAUGCGAUAAAUGUGACCAAUCAAAAUGAGAUAAGUUAAGUAAAAACUACUUUAGCAAGUGGUGGUAAUAUAUUAUACAAACAAUAUUGAAUACGCGGUAAUCAAUAGUAAUAAUAGAGCGGUGGUGGAGCUAGAAACACACGAGCCAGAAAGGAAACGACAAAGAUGAAUAAACAUGAUAACUUAAGCCACCCACAAUACACACUAACGGAAGAAGAGACAAACAAACACAUUACAAGAUUCGCAAGAAGAGGAAGUUAAGCUAGAUAAUAAGGGCACACGCUGAAUAGAUUGAACAAUACAAAUAAAUAUACAUAUAUUUUUCUUAUUUUACAACAAAAUAAUGGUGGUGUGUUUGGUGUGAGAACGGUGCCGACAGCAGAAACCCUAAAUAAACACUUAAAUAAUAUAUACGACUAGAAAGAAGAGAGCAGCAGGAGCGUCGAAGCGACUGACUGAUGUGAAUGCAAAAGAUAAACUUUAAUCCGAACAGUAGGGAUUGCAGCAGAGAACUAAAAUGAAACUAUAAAACAAAAAACAAAAUAUUGUAAGAAAAUAUGUUUGCAACAGCAAUAGAAAGAUACCGGUAGACGAGAAAGCAAGACGAAGCGCAAGACACAAACACGCAAAACAAAACCCACAAAAACUCUGAGUAAUAUGAAAAAAACGCUUUAAUGUAUUGAGUCGAUAAGUGGGCAGAACGGAAUGAUGGGAGGAGGGCAGACUGUGGACGAAUGCAAAUGCGGUUUAUUAUCUUAUUUCCAUAUUCUUGCCAUUCAAACCAGAAAGGGGAACUGUAUUACUGAGGCAUAACGCAUGAGUGAUACUCAUUUACAAGGGAAAACAUUACAUUUAAAUACCGUAACUAAGUAUAUAAACUAUAUAUAAAACAAAGGCUGGUUGGACGUGUGCGGAAGCAGUGGAGAAGCAGCAGUGUGUGUGGUAUGAGAGAAUCUGUGUUCAUUACGAAAGAUCGCAGCAUUACCAAACGUUGGAUCUGGAAAGAUUGUAUGUGAUUGCGAUUGUGAAUGGGGGAUUUGUGCAAGAGUGUAGCGGCAAUAGAAUGCAAUGGAUUGAUAAAAACAACGUGAUUAGUUAACCAAAAUCCAAGCAUUCGAUGCACGCGUAGUAUGAAUACGCGUACGAUACGGAUAUUACGAGCAAUGAAUAGCACAGGGAAGGAUGUGUGGAGAAAGAUGUGGAAGAGAGUUAGAUCGAGCGAGGCAUAAAAGUAAUAAAUAAAUAGUGAAAUAGUCAUGUGAUGUGUAUUUGAUAUAGAGAGAGUUACAAAAUGAAAGUAAGACAUAACUAUAAACAAAUGAUUUAACAUAACAGUAACCAAUUCACAUUUACAAAACGAUAAAUUCCGCGUUAGUAAUCGAUGGCAAACAAAACAAGCUGUAGAACUGUACUCGGAAGAAGCAAAGGUGCAACAAAGUCAAACAAGAAUAAACAAACACACACACUCACACGCACAUAAUGCAAUAUGAAACAACAACACUAACCACAGUUGGUAGAACCUUCGCCACCGAUCCAUUUUUCACUAUCCUUGAAACAAAUACGGGGGUUCUGUGUUGAGAAUGAAAUGUUGAAAGACAAAACCAAGCGCGCAUACGCACUAAAGAGUGUAACAAACACAUAGCAUAAAAAAGCUCGUGUGACGCGUGCUCUCUAGGGAGAAGAAGACGCCGGGCAACAAAACAUUUAAAUGACUAAAUAAUAAGUUGCACACGUGAGACGUGAGAGGGGGAGAUUGGGGGAGGAAAACAAACCCCCCUACAAACCACAACAAAUGAAACUAGUGAAUAGUUGUGAGCAAAAAACAAGCAAAAAUAUCAAUGUAACCGUAAUUGUACUCGUUGAUUGACAAAUAAAGCAUAUUAAACCAA